CUCCAAUGGCGUCUUCUCUCUUCAUCAUCUUCUUCCUCACUAUACUUCCUCUCUCAGUUCUCUCCGCCACAGUAGUCGAAGACCUCGCAAACCUCACUCCCCCUCCCGACUUCACCAACACCAUCACCCAAAACUGCAUCCGCAACCCACUCCUCCGCUACUGCAACAACACUUCCUCCUCCUCUUCCUCUCCCAUGGACAUCGUCGAGAUCUUCCGCUCCACCAUCGUCGCAAGCCACCUCUGCAACGAGUCCAAAAACCCCAACUGCGUCGAGUCUUUCCCCAAGAUCAGAAUCCACAGCCGCCCCAAAACCGCCGCUCUCUACCUCUCCUUCGACUUCUUCUGGAAGUACUGUCCCUUAACCGUCGUCGAGAUCGAUCUCGCCAACAACUCUCUCAACAGCGAGUUUCCCACGAACGUCCUCUCUUGCGCUCAGAUUCGAACCCUUGACCUGAGCUACAACCAGCUCUCCGGUUUCGUCCCGGUUCAGAACCUCUCCGGUUUAGCGAACCUGACUCAUUUAAACCUCUCUUAUAACCGUUUCUCCGAGGAUAAGAUCUCCGACUCCGAGUUCUUCAAACGGUUCAACGCCUCGAGCUUCGUACACUCCGGUGUUCUCCCCGAUGCGAAGCGUUACAAGGUGAAGGUUCUGGUCUUGUUGAUUGUGUUUCCGAUAACGGUGAUCCUCCUCUGCUUCUGCCUGGGGUGGAUGUGUCUCAAAAGGCCUGAUUACUUACCGAGAACGUGUCGGAGAAGCCACAAGUUCACGUCCGCGAUGAUCGACGCGGCGACGGACGAGUUUUCGGAUCAGAAGCUUGUGAGCAAGAGCGGUGGAGUUGAUAUCUACAGAGGAGCGUUGAGAGAUGGUACGGAGGCGAAGAUCGAGGUUUAUACGGAGAAGGUUUCGAAAGAGAAGAGGCGUGAGUUCGCUGAGGAGUGUGAGGCGGUUUUUAAGCUGAGGCAUAAGAACUUGGUGAGAGUUUUGGGUUGGUGUAAUGGUAGAAGCUUGAGAGCUUUGGUUACUGAGUGGACUUAUGGUGAAAGUCUUGAGACUUGGCUGAACUCUUCGUUGGCUUGUUCGUGGAGAAGGAGGUUAAGAGUUGUUAUGGGAGUUGUAGAUGGUUUGUUUUAUGUAUCGGAACAUUGGCCUGAGGUUACACUUGGUCUUAGCACAAGCAGUGUUUUGUUGUCGGAUAAGGAUCAAGAACCGUUGAUCUCUCAGUUCAAGAUUGGAGAUGGAAACAACUCGUCAACAAAUAUAUUCAACUUUGGAUUGUUUCUUUUGGAGAUGAUUACUAAUCUAAGACCCGAUGAGGCACAAGAAGAUUCAGAUAGGAAGUAUCUUGAGUACAUAAGAGUUCAUUAUCCGGAUAAUCUAGAGAGGGUGAUUGAUGAGAAGAUGACGAUUGAGGAGAGGACGUUCGAAAAAGUCAAGCAAGGGAUUACACUUGGACUUAUGUGUACUGAUAAGCCACCAUUGAAGCAGCCGAGCUUGACGCAAAUUUAUGACUCGGUGGUUUCUUUGUAUGAGUCUAGAUCAAGGCAUCAUUGAGAUAGUGUUUAGGUUUAGGGUUUGUUGAAGAAUUUUAAGCUUUUACUAUUUAGUUUUAAUUUUUCAGAUGUUUAAUGGGAUUUCUACAGAUUUAAAAACAGA